AUGUCCGUGUCACCUUCCUCUUUUCUUCUCCUAUGUUUCUUUAUCAACUUCUUCUCCCCUGCUCAAAGCUACCUUCUAACACACUGUGAACCUGUUAAUGAGACCGUUUCUGUGGAGAAAGAUGGCUGCCCCAAAUGCCUUGUGUUUCAAACCACCAUCUGCAGCGGACACUGCUUCACCAAGGAACCUGUGUACAAGAGCCCAUUCUCUUCCAUCUAUCAGCAUGUGUGCACCUACAGAGACGUUCGCUAUGAAACUGUUCGCCUGCCGGACUGUCGUCCUGGUGUGGAUCCCCACGUCACAUAUCCUGUCGCACUAAGCUGUGAGUGCAGCUUGUGCACCAUGGACACCUCGGACUGUACCAUCGAGAGCCUGAAACCGGAUUUCUGUAUGACACAGAAAGAGUUUAUCCUGGACUACUGAAUCUCUGCCUUAUGCAUGUGCAUGCAGAUGUCUCAGUCUAACCACAACGAGUCCAUUUACUCCAAGAAUGAUCAGAGCCUGACCUUGUUGUAAGAACUACUCACAAAGUACAAUAUAAAAAAUGACUUAAGAAU